UUCACCCAAAAAAAAAAAAGAAAAGAAAAAACCAAAUUUACUCAACUCCGUCUGAUCUCCUUAGGGUUUUGAGGAGCUGGUUAUUCUCCUCCUUUCUGCUGAGUUCGCUUCUCUUUUUCAUUCCCGAAGUAUUCUACGUAAGGCAUACAGCUUCAUUCAGUUUCCAAAGCCUUCCCUCUUAUUCAAUGGCGUCCAUGCUUCAAAAUCUCAUUAGAAAAUCGCCACCCACGAGAUUAAUUGCUGCUUUGGGUGCUCAGACCUCACAAAAUCUCUCAACACCCUUCAUUCUUCACCAGCCCCUUGAUUUUGAUAAGAAACCAGAUGCACAUUGCCAUUCUAAUAUAAACUCUGCUUCUACUUCGAAUCCGUCUCAUUUUUCCCAGUUUUACCCUAGUUUUCCAUUUGGGCUUUGCUUGCCCCAAAUCUCCUCUACUGGGUUGCUUCCGUUCGAGCCCGAUUGUGUUGAGCAAGACGAUUCUCGGAAGUUGUGGGCUGAUAGCGUGAAGAAGAAGAGGAAACGCAAGAUGAACAAGCAUAAGUAUAAGAAGCUAAGGAAGCGGCUCCGAAGACAGACAUAGUUAAUUCAUUUGGUAAGACUAUUUUUUUAUAGUCUUUUAGAUUGGGCUGAAUGAAUUUCUUUCUUUAUUGUUCUCUCGAGGCAAACGCUUUAGAGAUAAUUGUUUGGCAAACUUUCCACAGAGCAGAUUUGCUUUUCAUUUUCCGGAAUAAGUUUGGAAGUGUUCUGUUAACUUGGAGUACAAAUAAUUCAUGUUAGUAAAGUAGUGAUUCAUACAUUAUGAUUAGGGUUCAUUACAGAUUUUGAUUUGAUUUUGCUUUUGUUUUAAGAUUGAUACUAAUGUAAGAUGAAGGGUUGUUAUCCAAUUUAUUUCCACUGGAUCUGUGUAAUGCCUAAAUUUUCUGGUAUACGAUUAGACCUUAUGGUUGUAAAGAAUCAAGCUGCAUUUCUGCUGGCAAUAUACUUGUUUUUAUACUUUAUUUUA